AUGCUUCGACGACUGUUUAAGUGCUCUAAGUUCAUUAGAUUCAGUUCUAAUAGUUCCGCAACUACCGGCUCUACGUUAGCGGUAGCUAAAUCUUUACAACAAAGAAUUGAAGAUAUACCCAUUGAAAGAUAUAGGAACUUUAGUAUAGUGGCACAUGUGGACCAUGGUAAAUCGACGUUAAGUGAUAGACUGUUAGAAUUAACGGGAGUAGUCAAACCAGGUGGGAAGCAAGUUCUUGACAAGUUGGAAGUCGAGAGAGAACGAGGAAUUACUGUAAAGGCUCAGACGUGCACGAUGUUCUACCGGGAUGAGCGAGAUGGUUUAGAUUACUUAUUGCAUUUAGUCGAUACGCCUGGGCAUGUGGACUUCAGAGCGGAGGUAUCAAGGUCAUAUGCAUCAUGCGGUGGUGCCCUAUUGCUUGUGGAUGCCUCACAAGGUGUUCAAGCGCAGACGGUGGCUAACUUCUACUUGGCAUAUAGUAUGGACUUGAAAUUAAUUCCUGUUAUUAACAAAAUUGAUUUAGAUACUGCAGAUAUUCCCCAAGCCGAGGAGCAAGUAGUUAACACUUUUGAGUUACCUAAAGCUGACAUUAUCAAGGUUAGUGCGAAAACCGGUGCGAAUAUUUCGAAGGAUCUGCUACCAGCUAUCAUCGAUAAGAUCCCACCACCUGCAGGACUCUCUGAUAAACCAUUUAGAGCGUUAUUGGUUGAUUCGUGGUAUGAUUCAUAUUUAGGAGUUGUAUUAUUGAUUCAUUGUGUUGAUGGUAAACUUAAAAAAGGUGCCAAUAUUAGUAGUGCACACACUGGAAAGAGAUAUGAGGUGAAAGAAGUAGGCAUAAUGUAUCCGGAACGAGUUCCCACAGGUUGUCUAACCAGCGGCCAAGUAGGAUACAUUGUUCCAGGGUUAAAGGACUCUCGAGAAGCCAAAAUUGGCGAUACAUUAAUGCAUCAAGGACAUGAAAGCGAAACUGAGGUUUUGCCUGGGUUCGAAGAAACAAAACCCAUGGUUUUCGUUGGUGCAUUUCCUACAGAUGGUACUGAAUUCAACGCUCUAGACGAUGAUAUUCAAAGACUUGUGCUGAAUGACCGGUCAGUAUCUUUGCAGCGUGAAACUUCCAAUGCUCUAGGCCAAGGUUGGAGAUUGGGGUUUCUGGGCUCCUUACAUGCUUCUGUGUUCAAGGAAAGAUUGGAGAAAGAAUAUGGUUCCAAACUGAUUAUUACACAACCUACAGUUCCAUAUUUAAUAAAGUAUAGAGAUGGUAGCAGCUCAGUGAUAACGAACCCGGAUGACUUCCCAGAUUCAUCUAUACUUCGGACUAAAAUACAAGAAUUUCAGGAGCCAUAUGUUGAGGCUAUUAUGACAUUACCACAGGAGUACCUUGGCAAAGUAAUUAGAAUCUGUGACGAUAACCGUGGCAUUCAAACUGAAAUUACUUAUCUAAAUACCACUGGACAAGUAAUGCUGAAAUAUCACUUACCAUUGGCACAUUUGGUGGAUGAUUUCUUUGGCAAACUAAAGUCAGUAUCUCGUGGAUACGCUUCCCUGGACUAUGAAGAUAUUGGAUACAAGCCUUCUAAUAUCAUAAAGUUAGAGUUGUUAAUUAAUGGGAGAGGGGUUGAUGCUCUUGCACAAGUGAUGCAUUGCUCGCAAACAGAUCGUGUUGGAAAAGAAUGGGUUAAAAAGUUCAAAGAAUAUGUAAAGGCACAGUUGUACGAGGUUGUGAUUCAGGCUAGGGCUAACAACAAGAUUAUUGCCCGUGAAACCAUCAAGGCACGUCGGAAGGACGUCCUUGCCAAGCUGCAUGCUUCUGAUGUUUCCCGUAGGAAGAAGUUAUUAGCAAAACAAAAGGAAGGAAAGAAACAGAUGAGGUCCAUCGGUAACAUUCAAAUAGAUCAAGAGGCAUACCAAGCAUUUUUGCGGAAGUAA